AUGAUGAUGAUGAUGCAGAAGCUCAAGAAACCGAGAGUCGAGGCCAAGACGAGGAAGCUCGAAUCACAAAACACAGAGGUUGAGGUUGGAUGCGAUGAUGAGGUGGAAGUGAACUCGCCCAAGAACUUGAACAAGAAGAGUUUUAGGAAGGAUAGAGAGGCAGAGAGAAACAACAGGAAAUUCAGAUGCUCAAUGUGCAAGAAGGCGUUCCAGUUAUACCAAGCUCUGGGAGGGCACAGGGCGAGCCACAAUAAGUUCAAAGGCUGUUGCGCUCCCCAAGAAACAGAGGAUUCACAAAGCCAGCUGGGUGAGAAUCUGAUGAUAAUGAUGAAGAAAAGCAAAGAGCACGAGUGCCCGAUUUGCUUCAAAGUUAUCCUAUCGGCCAAGCUCUGGGCGGCCACAAGAGAUCACCACCACCACCACCACUGUUUUCCACUAUUAUCGUUUUCCCUCACCUCAACCACCACAAAAAUCUCCACCACCGCCAAGCAACAUAACAACAGUAAAAUGUGA